UAAAACAACAUCUAAGAAGAAAAAGUGUUCAUCCAUCCCUCCCUCCAUCUGUCUGCUCACUCCUCUCUCUUGUGGAAAGCCUGGAAAAAAAAGCCCGUCACACUGACACCACUAUGAGCAUGUCAGCAGAUAUAAAGAGCGUCUGCCAGCGGGCGGGCGGGACAGAGCGGAGCAGAACUGGUGGAGAGAGAAGAGUUACCUGUCCCACAGCAAGAGGAACUCCUAUGUGUGUGGAGCCUUGCUGGUAGAUUAACUAAAACAAAUCCUGCACAGAAAUCAACUUCAGUCAUCUGGAACAAAAUGAGAGAGUGCAUCUCCAUCCAUGUGGGUCAGGCAGGUGUGCAGACAGGAAAUGCAUGCUGGGAGCUCUUCUGCCUGGAGCAUGGCGUCGGGCCUGACGGCGUCUUCCUGGACAGUCCGGCAGAACCGAACUCUCGUGAAGACCCGUUCAACACUUUCUUCAACACUGGGAGUUCUGGGCGUCAUGUUCCCAGAGCCAUAUAUGUGGACCUGGAGCCCACGGUGGUCGAUGAGGUGAGGGUUGGGAAGUACAGAGAGCUGUUCCAUCCUGAGCAACUGAUCUCCGGAAAGGAGGAUGCAGCCAACAACUACGCUCGUGGCCAUUACACUGUGGGAAAGGAGAUCAUUGAUGGAGUCAUGGAGCGGAUUCGCAAAAUGACAGACCAGUGCACCGGGCUGCAGGGUUUCCUCGUCUUUCACAGCUUUGGAGGUGGAACCGGCUCUGGCUUCACCUCUCUGCUGAUGGAGCGUCUGUCUGUUGAUUAUGGGAAGAAGUCAAAGCUGGAGUUUGCAGUCUACCCGGCUCCUCAGGUGUCCACAGCUGUGGUGGAGCCGUACAACGCCAUCCUGACCACCCACACCACCUUAGAGCACUCCGACUGCGCCUUCAUGGUGGACAACGAGGCCAUCUACGACAUCUGUCGCCGCAACAUGGACAUUGAGAGUCCUGGUUACACCAACCUCAACAGAUUGAUCGGUCAGAUUGUGUCAUCAAUCACAGCCUCACUUCGGUUUGACGGAGCUCUCAAUGUAGACCUCAUGGAGUUCCAGACCAACCUGGUCCCAUUUCCACGUAUCCACUUCCCUCUGGUCACCUACUCACCCAUCAUCUCUGCCGAGAAGGCGUACCACGAGCAGCUGACUGUGGCCGAGAUCACGAGCGCCUGCUUCGAGCCAACCAAUCAGAUGGUCAAGUGUGACCCUCGUCACGGCAAGUACAUGGCUUGCUGCAUGCUGUACCGAGGGGAUGUCGUUCCGAAGGAUGUCAACACUGCCAUUGCAAAUAUAAAGACCAGACGCUCCAUUCAGUUUGUCGACUGGUGCCCCACUGGCUUCAAGGUUGGGAUCAAUUACCAGCCCCCCACAGCAGUUCCUGGGGGAGACCUGGCCAAAGUCCAACGAGCUGUGUGCAUGCUGAGCAACACCACUGCCAUCGCCGAGGCCUGGUCUCGUCUCGACCACAAGUUUGACCUCAUGUACGCCAAGCGUGCGUUUGUCCACUGGUACGUGGGUGAGGGCAUGGAGGAGGGAGAGUUUACAGAGGCCAGAGAGGACCUGGCCUGUCUGGAGAAGGAUUACGAGGAGUUGGCUCAUUCGAACCAAGAUUCUGAGAUUGAGGACGAAGACGACCAAGAAUACUGAACCUGAGGGCGGUUACUGCUGCACAGCACUUCUGUAUAGAGUCGAUCACUGUUACAUACUGUAUCCCUUCUUUUGUUUUCAAAGCAAGGAUGAAACAAAUCUAUGAUCUUUCUCACUGUCAUUUUUUUAUCAUUUUAGUUUCAUUGUAACCACUUGAGACACAUGCUUUUGUGUGGUAGGCAUUUUUACUUACUUCUAGCUAUCAGGAUUUUGGAUGACUUCAAUAAUGCUUUUUUUUUUUCAGGGGAAAAAAAUGGCUUCAUAAAGGGACAAUGGGAUUUUUUGGCUAAUAAACCAAAAAUGUGUUUUUUUGUAAAUACCAACAUUUUGAAAAAUUGCAACAAUACAUCUGAAUGUUGUUUGAUUCUCUUAAUUACCUCCAGAUUAGAGUCUUCUCCUCUUAUCAGAAAGUGGACUGCACUUGACUGAGAAACGAGUCCUGAAUCAAAUCAAUGUAUCAAAUAAGAAUUAAAAAUAUAAAAAACUAAUUAGAUUUGAUCAAAAAAUCUCCACUAGUUAUAACAUAGAGCUGACAUUAUAGCAAUGGGACAAUCAUCCAAUAAGAGUGACAGGGACCAUUCUGCAUUAAAGGUACUUUUCUUUAAUAUAAUAAAAUGUUGUUUCUGCAUUUAUUGAGGUGAAAUUUAGAAUAGCCUACAUGGCGUCUUUAUGUUGGCCUAUAUAGUAUUUUUAAGAGUUUUAUUAAAUAAAAUAUUCAUACUAUAUAUA